AUGCCCAGCCCGGCGCCGCGAGGCCGCCGGCCGCCCACUCCCCCUGGCGCUCGGGACCAGCCCCCGCGCUCAGGCGGUUACCCCGCGCCCCAGCACCACCCGGCCGGCCCAGGCACACCCCGCGCUCCCGGGCGCCUCGAGUCGUCCUUCUCCGUCGAGGCCAUCCUGGCCAGACCCGCCCGCCCCGCGCCCGCCGUCGCCGCCCCGCUGUCGGUUCCGGCCGGCGCCGCGGUAAGGCUCGGCACGGCUCCCUCCCGGUUUCCCGCGACGUGGCUGCCAGCCUACCUGGGCGUGGGUCUCUACCAGCCGUGCCCCCAGCCGCCCGGGCCGGGGCUCCGCGUGGCUCACUUCUGCGGCCUCCAGGGCCUCGGUGUCACAGGCUUAGAGCUGGCUCACUGCUCAGGCCUCUGGGGCAUCUCAGACUGGGCUCCAGCAGAGGAACUUCAGGACACUGAGAGACCCCAAAAGAGGGUUCGGACUAUGUUUAACUUGAAGCAGCUGGAAGAGUUGGAGAACGUGUUUACAAAGCAGCACAAUCUUGUGGGGAAGAAGAGAGCUCAGCUGGCGGCCCAGCUCAACCUUACGGAGAAUCAGGUGAGGGUCUGGUUCCAAAACCGCAGGGUCAAGUAUCAGAAGCAGCAACGGCUGAAGCUGCCAGCUGUGUCUGCCAUGGCUGCCUUCCAGGAUGAGCCCUCCAGGAGCUCUGACGACAGCAUCCAGAGAGAAGACACUGAGUCAGGAGUGGACAGCUAAGGACUGGGACAGAGGCUCAACCUAGGCUGUCUGGGAGCUAGUUCUUCUUGGGGGACUCACUAAAACUGAGCCUUUUUUCUUCAUCUGUAUAAUGGGUGCACUGACAACUUCGUCCUCCCAGAGCCGACAGGAUGUCUGUAAAGUUGUUACAGUGUGCCAGGCCCAGGCCUAAGUGUUCAGCAAGUGUUAAGGUUUCUAGGACUCACCUAGAGGUGGGUCCUGUGGGUGUGGUGCUUGCACCAGCACUGGCCUCUCCAGGGAUUAAUCUUUUCCUGCUCUGUGGAGAAGAGGCCUCCUUGAAUCAGUGUCUGGACCUAGAAGCCUCCUCCCCACCAGAGAUGGUGAAGUUGAGAGCAAAGAGGGGGGAAAGGUAAACCAGUUAGCCUCCUACCCCUCAGAGUUUCCCAAAGUUUUGUUUUGUCUGAACUGUUACCAUUUUCAGGAGCUCAGCCCCAGCUGCCUACUUAGGAGCAAACAUGCUACCCUGACUACCAUCUUUUUCCCUCUAGCUACCCACCUUGGCACCUCUCCAUCAUUACAUAAAAUAGAGCACUUUGGCUCUGUCUUUGUCAAGGCAGGCAUUUUGUCACAGACUCCUGUAUUUCCAUGAGAUAGUUAUAAUUUCUCCCCCUUCAAGACCCUAACUCAUGGUUCCCUUUCCUUCCCAGGAAGCUGCUCAGUUUCUAAGAAGCCUGCUGAUAGCCUACUCCUGUGAGGCCAGUCACCAGCAAUUCCAGAGCUGAUUUUCUUUAAUGCUCUACAUUCCUGGGCAGGCCUCUGUUGACGGUAUUGAUAAUCUAGAAUGGCUUCUGGGUACUGAAGUGAGCUAGUGAAAGGUCUGCCCUGCCACCUGGUGGUGGGAAAAGGCACGGUCCCCACUGCUGUCUGCAGUGUUCUGAGGGAGAGAAAGGCAGGGAGCAGAGGUGGCCUUGGAAAAACCACAUGCCUCCAAGUGGUGGUAGACCAUCCUCUCCCAGACACUAGGCCACGGGCUUGAGGGAGGGCGGGGUCCAGCUUCAAGAGCCCUUCUCUCUCCCAGUCUUCAGGGAAAUCCUUCCUAAUGCUGGACCCAAAGUCAACUGUUAAUCAAAGGGAUCCAGCUGCAUCUGCCUCUUCCAGCACCUGCCUCUUCAAUUGACUCACUUUUUAAAAAUAAAACAGUUAAGCUAU